CAACCGCUUGCCAAACUGGUCAGACGUGCAGACGGGUCGAGAGAUUAGUUAUUGUCGCUGAUUCAAACGGGUCCACGAUUUAUGAAUGAGCGGCGCGCAGCGUGAGACAGACAGAUUCAUACGGACGGCCCAUAAUACAUAAACGCAGAGAGGCCGUGGACAAGAACGUGAACGAAAUUACAAAACAAACCGAAGAAAAUACGAUAAACAAGAAACACACGAAACGAUAGCGCAGCGUAAAAGUUUAUUAAGAAAGAAAACGUUUGUUUUGCUGCAGUAGCAACAACAACAACAACAAAAGCAACAACAACAACAACCAAAUCGCUUUUAGUAUAAACAAAAAGAAACGAGCGCGGAAAUUGCAGUUGCAAACAAAACAAACGCUUCGAUUGUCAAGACGCGGCGAAGUCGGGUAGUAUUUUUUUCGGCUUCAAUUUCGCACAGCCCAGCCCCGGCCCGCCUUACCGCUCCAAUCCCUUUCAUGUAAACCAGCUACAUACACACACCUACAUACAUAUUCACACAAACGUAUUAAAAACAAGCGAGGAAAAAUUACAGUAAAAUAUAAAGCUAAAUAGUGCGUAAAAAUCUGUUUUCUGAGCUAUUCGGUUCGUUUCGGUUCCGUUGCAAGUGUGUGAGUGUGUGCGCGCGUGUAAAAGUGUGAGAGAGAGAAAGAGAAGUGCGAGAGCAGCGUUUGUUUUUGUUUUAGAUUACAAAAUUCUCGCAUAAGCCCCCCCAAAAGAAAAUAAAAACAUGUUGAAAUUGUAAUCGAAAUCGAAAUCGAAAUUGUUAUGUCGAAAACGAGCGCAAAACAACAAAGUAAUUGUGCGUAGUGUGAAAAGUGUUUGAAAUUGAAUUGGAAAAUUUGAAGGAGUAAAAUUUAUUGAAAUUGCAAAAAUCAUUUCAGAUUUGUGAGAGAAAUAUACAAAAUUAAGAGAAAAGAGUGUAUUUGUGCGCGCGUGUAUGUAUGUGAAAAGCAGAAAAGCGAAAAGCCAUCGUCUUCUCUCUUGCUAACUGUGCUUUUCUCCCCCCAGCUCUCUUGCACCGAAGCAGCUGCAAGCGCGUCUAAAAGAUUCGUAGCGUUUCAUCCAUGGAUUAAGGUGCAUUUCAUGUUUACAGCAGGCGUUCAGUUGUGUUUAGGUUUCCGUUCAUUUCUUCAGUGCUGUGCGUGCUGCGCCCUGGGCGAUUGUCAAUCAUACGCAACGUGGUACGCUGUACGAAGCCAAUCAAGUGAAUGAUCGCUCGCUCUCGAUAGAUUUGCAUGAAAAUUGCAGCCAAAAAAGAAUCACACUCCAUGGCUGUACGACAAUGUCCAAUGCUCGCGAGCUGGCAUUGAUCGAGAAAUGGGCUGACAUCGCAACGCCGCCGACGCCAACAUUGCCCGGCCUAUCGCCAACAUCGCCGCGUACCAUCAUCAACUUCUGUUGUUGCCCGCAGCGCAGGCGCUACACUCUGAAGCAGCCGAAGCUCAAGUCGUCGGCGAACACGCUGCAUGCUAGAAAUAUAUUCGUUGAUAACGAUUUUACGUAUAUUGAUGAUGUGCCACGUGCCAGCCGCUACAACAACGGCAACGGCAACAGUAGCAGUAGCAAUAAGCGACGCGACGAAGAUUGCGACAGUGAUAACGAUUGCAAUGAUUAUGAUGAUGAGGCGAAUGAUAUCGCUGAGAUCUCUGGCAAAAGCAACAGCGACCACGACGGAAAUGUGGCGCUGAUAUUAAUGAAUCAACGAAAUGUGCCUGAACAAUGGCGGCAGGACUACAAAGGCGACACCAGCAACAGCAGCAGCAACAACAACAAGCGUAGCAGCGAACUAGCAGCAGCAACAGCAAUUCAAAGUAAAACUUGCGCUGUCACAAACGGCCAGCAGAGUGGCAAUGAGCAGCAGCAACAGCAACAACCAACCCAAAGACUUAGCAAUAGCUUGGAACAGCAACCGCAACAGCAACAGCAAGAGCAACAGCAACAGCAACUGCAACUUAGCAAUAAGGAAAAUACACUAAGCAACAAUACAAACAGCAACGGCUACAAUAAACCGCGCUGUAAUUAUUGUAAAUUACCCGACGACGCCGUGCCCCAAACGAACAACAAAAACAAAAACUCGAAAAUUGAUUCACCGAACUCGUCGCAGAAUAAAAUGACAAUUACGACAGCAGCAACAACAACGAACGUGGCAGCAACGGCCACAGCCAGCGAGUGUGGGUUGACACUGCCAACAUCAGCAGCAGCAGCAGCAACAGCAACAGCAACAGCAGAAGAGUUUGUGGGUGCUGCCACAGAAGUGCUGCGCAGCGAUAAAGCAACAUUGACAGCAACAGCGACGGCGACAGCGACAGCAACAUUGCCGCCAACAACAACACCUAAGCCCAGCAUAGCUGCACGUCCGACCACGCCCAGCCGCCUUAAGACUGUGAUCAAAACAACAAUGGUGAAGCGUAGUCCUAGCCAUGACUCAACGCAGGCGACUGCGACGCAUAUGCUGCAACCGAACAGCUGCAACAUUAACAGCAGCAACACCACCAACAACAACAGCAACAACAACAACGACGAGCCCAGACGUUCGGUUAGGGAGCGCAUCGCCGCCUAUGCGGCAGGAAAUGAGCCACCUCAGAGUGGAGCCAACGUGGCUCGGCAACAUGACAGCGGCAAGAAAUUUAGCAAAAUUCAGUGCAAUACAAAUCAAAACAACAUGACAAGCGAUGUGAAAAGUGCAAUUAGCAGUGGCAGCCACAGCCACAGCACCAGGAACAACAGCAGCAGCAGCAACGGCAACAGUCAGCAGAAACAACAUCAAACGCUUAUCAACGGCAACACAACGCCGCCGGCAACAGCAGCAGCGGCAGCGGCAGCCAACACGUCAGUCUCCUGCGCGACUAUCGCAACUGACACGACGCGCUACAAAUCGGGAUUAAGUGAUGUAGCGGCCGACGAGGACGUUGAUGAUGCAGCCACAUCCACAGCAACAGCUACUGCCACAUCCACAUCCACAUCUACAGCUAUAGCCACGGCUAAAGCAACAGCAACUUCAUCUGCCACUCCUGCGCCAGCUGCGAGCGUUUUAAGCACCGGUUGUGCAACUAUGCCGCGCACUCGCCAAUACGGAAGCAAUGCUGCAGGAGCAGUGGCAGCCAACACCAUGACAGCUGAUAAGAAAUUCUUAAGCCGUGCUGCGCCCGCCGCCAACACUUCGGGCAACGCAUCUGCAGCAGCUGCUGCUGCACCACAGCAACAUCAUAAGCUGCCAUUCAGCGAUAAGGCCGAACUCAAAUUGGCCGCCUUGGACAAUCUGGACCUGGCGCACAGCCUCGACCUGAUCGAUGAAGAUGGCGAUGAUCCCUAUGGUGCACUCCAGGACUAUUUGGAGCGCGUUAAGCUGGAAAUCAACGAGGUCUUUGAGCUACGCAAGGCGCAGCGAUUGCAGCAGCAACUGCAGGAGCAACUCGAGGCCGUGCGACAGGCAGCAGCGGCGGCCAAGCAGCUUGAUGAAUUGUCGCGUUCUACGGAAUCUGAUAGCGGCUUUGACAGCAGCAGCACAACAGCAACAGCAGCAACUGCAACAUCAACAGGCAGCAAAUGCAGCAACAACAACGGCAACGCCAAUAGCAAACCAGUGACAACUAAACUAAGAGCUCUGCCGCCGCCAGUCUCGAGUCGAUGUACUUCGGCUGAGACAACGCCUCCUGCCACUGCUGCUGCCCAGCCGGAUGAUGUGAACAUUUGGGCAAACAAAUUUCUACGUGAUUUGGACAAUCUGAUGGGUGGCGAUAAGCUGCCGUCGCAUCUGGCAUCCAGUGCUGGCGCAGGCUCGGAUUCCGCCUCCUCCAGCAGCUCGCCCACGUCCAGGACAGCGCCCAUGCUGCUCUCAGCAGCGGCCAGCGCAGCCCUGCAGAGUCGCUUUGGCAAGAACGCAAUUGUCAGCAACGAACAGCAGCAGCAAAAUGGACUCGUCUUGAAACCGGAGAAGCAUGCAACCAUUCCACUGCAAUCGUUCAACCUUGAUUGCGGACGCAGCGAGGUGGCUGCCAAGCCGAGCAUUGCCUAUAUGCGCACAUUGUCGGCGCCGGGCGGGCAUGGCGCAACGCCAAGAGCUGUGCCGAGCGUGCAGAGACAGCGCAAGAGUCUGACGGUGUUUGGAGCUAAUGGACUGGCAGAGACGUCGACAGCGGCUGCGACUGCGACUGCAACGCCAGCAGCUCAUAAGCUGACAAAUUUCCAAAGUGCAUUGAAAAUCGAAGAGCGAACGGCGGCAACAGGUGAGGCCGGCGCUGCGGCGACCACGACCACCAUGGACGAUUUGAAAUCUAGGCGACAGCGUCAAUUCAACGGCUUGGACAUGGAAACGGCUUCCAUGUCGAUGCCAAAACGGGUGGGCAUUAAUCAUGCAGCUGCCGCGACGUCGCCAACGUUGACGAGCAGAAAUGCUAUAACCCCGCCACCAGCAAAGGCAGCAGCAGGAGCAGGAGCCGGUGGGGCCGGGGCAACUGCAACGGCAACAAGUGGAACACAGCUGACCUCGGGGAAAGGCGCCGCCACGCCUGGCUAUCUGGUGGAUGUGACCAAAAAAGGCUCCACCUCAACACUAUGGACAUCGGAGGAGUCCAUACUGCGCAGCGUUGGCGCCGUCGAUGAAGACAACAACAGCUCCACUUCGUCGUCUUCGGCCUGCGAGGAGGCGACCGGUGUGCUGAGCUCGGGCAAGUCUGGCAUAUCGCUCGACUCCUCGGGACUGGACAACGACAACAACGAGAGCGGCAUUGGCACGGCUACGCCGCCCAAGGACAUGUCCUACUGGAAGAGCCACCAUCUGCAGCAUCAUCACUCGCAUCACCACCAUAGGGCAGGAGGCAGUGCGCCCGACAAUGAGUCCGUCAGCAGCCUGGAGGCGCUGCGCAAAAUGAAAUUCCAGAAGAGCGGCUCGGUGGCCUCGUCCGACGAUCCCGAUCUGCUCGAGGUGCUCAGCCUGUGCGGCAGUGGCGGCGAGGCAGCCAACGAGUCCCAGGACGACAUGCUGGACGAGCAGCCGGCCAAGCAGUCACCCUCACCGACCAAAGCAGCGGCCGCCGAGUACGACGAGUGCCAGGACGAGUUCGAGCUGACGCAGCACUACUGCGACUGCGACUGCACCGACGGCGACGCGAGCAGCGCCAGCGGGGGCACAGCAUCGAUAGCCACGCCCGUCGUGCUGCGCCGCAAGUACAGUGCAGCGCCGCCCAUUAUGGUGCCGUUGGCGGGCGUGGCAAGGCGCAACCAGCGCAGCCUCUCCCUGGACCACCACCAUCAGCAGCAUCAGCUGCUGCUGCAGCCGCGCAAGCUGCUGCCGCGCCACAACCACAAGGAACGCGGCCAGUUGUCAUUGGCGCUGCGGCAGGAGCCCUUCCAGUCGCUGCUCUCGCCCACGGCCACGACAGUCACCCAUCUGCAUCAUUUCGUGGAGCUGCCUUCGCCCAGCAGCGCCUCGCUGCACAGCGACACCGUCGGCAUCCAAGAACUGACCACCAAAUCCAACUCAGCCCCGCUGCUGCUCAAGGAACGUGAGCGGAGUCGUCGCUGCGAUGACUUUGCCGCACAGCACUUGACGCUGCGCUAUUCUCGUUCGCAGAGUGAUCGCUAUUUAGCAGAAAUUGAAGCCGUGGAAGCAUGUAAAUGGCUGCGGGCAGCAGGUUUUCCGCAAUAUGCCCAGAUGUACGAAGAUCAUCAGUUCCCGAUCGAGCUGAACAAUGUAGCCAAAGAUCACACAAAUCUUGAGAACGAUCAGCUGCAGUCGCUCUACAGGCGUCUCUGUGUCUUAAAUCGUUGCGCCAAUAUGCGACUGGACCAGACGCACAAGCCCCAAACGCCACAGCAAAAGGAAGAAUCCGAUGAUGAGAACUUUGCUCUGAGCGAGAACUGGACAUUCCAACCACACAUUCGACGCUGGUCGCGCAUAGGUGAGAUGGGUCUGGAGCUGCCGCCGCCGGGGCUGCUGGACCUGGAGAAAACGGAGAGCUCAUCGAAGGAGUCGAGUCCCGAUCGCUUCGAGGACGACAGCUACGACCUGGGCGGCGCUGGCAUCACGCUCGUGAUUCCAGGCUGCAGCAAGGGUGACGCCAACGAUGGCUCGCUGCAUGACAGCUCAGAUGGGACCACGCGGCUGCGCCGCACGGGCAGUGAGCGCUUCAAGGACGGGGCCAAAGCCUUCCUGCGGCGAGUGGAGUCGAUAAAGUCGCGACGUCGCAAGCGCCAGAAUCGCGAGAAUGUGGUAAUCAGUGGGCCACAAGUGCUGGAUCUGGCACAGUUGGGCCAGCGCAGCAGUUUGCGCAAGCCCGACGCCGUCUACUCCACGCCCCCCUCGCCAUCCGCACUAAGUCCCAUGCACACAUUCCCGAAGGUGCCGUUCUUCGGCAACGAGCUGAAGGUGCCCAGCCACAGCGACAACUUCUUGAGUCCGAAUCGAUCCAGCCCCAAGCGAACUCCAACCACGCCGCGCUCGAUGCGCACAAGUCCGCUGCACUUCUUCUCCAGCCCCAUGACACAGCUGAAGGAGGGUAAGUCGGACGACUCCUCCUCCUACUACAGCGACAGCCAGGAGUCCUCGACUGGCGGCAAGCUGUCGCUUUCGCUGCGGAAGCCCUCGAAGGCACGCCGGUUCUUGCAGCGAUCCGGCAAGGUGGAUGACAUUGGUGCGCACUCGGACUCGGAGUGCCAUCAGGGCCGGAAGCUGCUCAUCAAGGAUGCCAAUUCAAACACCACCGAGGUGAAGAUCAAGAAGCUGACGCGUGGCGGCUCACUCAACCUGGGCAAAGAUGCCAAGAAGCGAGAUGGCUUCCGCUCAUCCUCAUUCCGCUCGCGCAGCACGUCCCGCAAGGAGCCAAAGAACGAGGAGGAACACACUGGCAGCUCAAAGCGGCAGCCAGUGGUGCGUUGGCACAGCUUCCAAAUGGAAGAGCGCCCAAACAUGAUCUUCCGCAAAUGCUUCUCACAGAAGAUCGAGCCUCAUGCCCUGCAGGAGGAUGCGGGCAUUCCCUUUGCUGCCAUGUCAGCUGGCCAGCUGCAAAUCAUUCGCAAAUUGGCGCUGGUCACUCUGACGGGCUACAUGGAACGCUAUUGCCCCUCCCAUCGCUCCGGCUGGAACUGGGAGCUGCCCAAGUUCAUCAAGAAGAUCAAAAUGCCCGACUACAAGGACAAGAAGGUGUUUGGUGUCCCACUGCUGUUAAUACUGCAGCGCAGCGGCCAGGCCUUGCCCAUGGCUGUGCGCGCCGCUUUCCGCUGGCUGCAGCUAAAUGCCCUCGACCAGGUGGGACUGUUCCGCAAGAGCGGCGGCAAGUCGCGAAUCAUGAAGCUGCGCGAGCAGAUCGAGCUCACCGAUUCCACGGCGGAGUGCAUGGAUGUGUUCGACCUGCAGCAGGCCUACGAUGUGGCCGACAUGCUGAAGCAAUAUUUCCGCGAGCUGCCCGAGUCGCUGCUGACCACCAAAAUGUCCGAGACCUUUGUGGCCAUCUUUCAACAUUUGCCCGCUGAAGUGCGUCUGGAUGCGGUGCAAUGCGCCGUGCUGCUGCUGCCGGACGAGAACCGUGAAAUACUUUACGUGCUGCUCGAGUUCCUCACCAUUGUGGCUGCCAACUCGGCGCAGAAUCAGAUGACCAGCAACAACCUUGGAGUGUGCCUGGCUCAGUCCAUUUUCCACUCGUCCAUUUCCACGGGCUCCGCAUCGGUGUCGGCGUCGCCGCGGCGCAAGGGCAAGGGCUCCGGAAUGCCGGACAUGAAGGAGCUGGCCGAGGCGAAGGCCUCCCACGAGUGCCUGUCCUUUAUGAUUGAGCACUACAAGCCAAUCUAUACUGCCGCCAAGGAGAAGCUGGCCAAAUGCAACUUUGGCUACAUGGAGGAGUCGAAGCCGGUGCCGCUGGAGGCCCUGGGCGAGGGCAUGCAGUUCCACAACUGGCGCGGCUAUCUGUACGAGUGCACCAGCGCCACCAUUAAAGAGGGGCGUGAAAAAACACGUAGCUGGAUCACAAUAAAUUCGCUCAACGACAGCAACGUGGACAUUGCGUACAAGAAGGUGGGCGACGGGCAUCCGCUGCGUCUGUGGCGCUGCUCGACAGAGAUUGAGGGACCGCCGCGUGAGGUGCUGGAGUACAUAAUCAAACAGCGCGCCUCCUGGGAUCCGAAUCUCUUGCAAUGCCAAACGGUCAAGAAACUGGACGAUCGCACCGAAAUCUAUCAAUACGCUCUGGAUGGCCAGUUGACCACUGAUUUCUGUGUGCUGCGUUCCUGGCAAACGGAUUUGCCGCGCGGCGCCUGUGUUAUUGUGGAGACCUCGAUCGACCAUGCCAAGGCCAAGCCUCUGUUCUGUGCUGUGCGUGGAGUCGUCCUGGCCUCGCGCUACCUUAUCGAACCUUGCGGCAGCGGACGUUCCCGAGUCAUGCAUUUGGCGCGCGUGGAUGUCAAGGGCAAAACUCCGGAGUGGUAUAACAAGAACUAUGGACAUAUCUGUUCGCACUACUUGUCUCGCAUACGUCUAGCCUUUAAGCACGUAGCAGAUGGACCCGAGAGCAAGGUCUAAUGAGCCCAAUGCCGCGUGCAACUUGUUAUAUCAAAAUACACCCAAAAACCCCUCAAGAAUUUCGGUAAUCCCAACGAGCAGACAUAUUUUACGACCUAGACCACACGAGCUUAAGAUUGCUACUCAAAGCAAAGGAAGUAAAGGAAUACAUAAAAUACGAGUAACCAUAUAUAUUUUACUACAAUAUAUAUUUUGUAAAUACUUAACUAGAUAUGAUAAUUCCAAAACUAUAUUACAAAAACUUCAAUACGUUUUUUGUUUAGCUAUAAUUUACUGUAUUAUAUUUAUAUGUGGUCUUAACUUAUGCUUACUUUACUUUACUUUACUUUACUCUACUUUACUUUAUAUUUACUUGUACUUUACGAAACGAAAUCUAACAUCCAAAAUACUCAACACAUAAAUAUCACAAAUGUACUUUUACGAUUUCUGAAAACAAAAAGCUUCAAAUUAUGUUUAUGGCACCAAAAUAUCUUUAAUGUUAAUUAGUUUGUAGUCUUCGCAAUAUGUAAACCGUUAAAUAUGGAUAAAACCCCUCUAGGAAUCAGAAAGCGCAACCUUUUAAUGUGUAAAGCAAAUUCAGCUAGUCAAAUUCUCUAAUUUUAAGUUAAAUUACUAACCCAAUACACUCAACAAAAUCGUCUACCAAGUUGUUGAAAAAUUGCAUUGCUUUGGUUUCAGACAGGAGAUGAAAUUCGUUUGAAUUGGUUACAUUAUAAUAUUUCACAACACCUCGAUAUGUGUGUGUGUGGCAAUGAUAAAUUUCUAUAUGAUGUAGUAUCGGAGUUAUUGCUAAAUUUAAGCUCUUCAUAUAUUAUAUUGAUGUAUGUACAUGUAUGAAACUUAUGAUCCUUGAUCAAUAUAUAUUGUAAAUGCCCAUUUUGGCGACAUAGUUUUAUUGAUGUAUAUCUAUAUAUAUAUCUAUCUAUAUGCUACGAUAAUGUAAAUGAGUAUGAUGGAUACAAGUUAUCAACCACUACAGGUAGCAGCGACAAAUAAAACCUAACCAACCAAUGUCAAGGAAUGGUGUGUAGAAAGCGAAGCAUAUAAAUAAGUAUUAUGUAUACAUAAUCAAAUAAAAUUACAUCCGCGAAAUAAAAUAAACAUACUAUGAAAUGUGA